GAACCUGAAAGCAGCUCUGCUUGUGUAAAAAUGGAGAGGAUUUACUAAUCUGUUAAUUAGAUUACUGCUCCUAGUGCCUCUUGUGUCCUCAUGCGUUCGGAUCAGUCACUAUUACCACACUCGGAGACUCUUGCUCCUCUACAGAUUUGACUGAACCGUCGGGUCUCAUGCACUGAAGCAUGGCCGUCCUGUGGUUAACCUUAGUUACCUUCCUGUGCUGCACACGCCUGGAGAGUGUGAGAGGGAGUAACUCGGACAACAUCACCCAGAUUCUGGAUGAGCUUUUGAACGGUUACGACAACAGACUGAGACCUGGAUCUGGAGGCGGUGUCACAGAGGUGAAAACAGACAUUUUUGUCACCAGCUUCGGACCCGUUUCUGAUGUUGACAUGGAGUACACGAUGGACAUGUUCUUCCGUCAGAUGUGGGUCGACGAGCGCUUGAAAUUCGAGGGCCCCAACGAAAUUCUGCGCCUGAACAACCGCAUGGUGGACAAGAUCUGGACGCCCGACACGUUCUUCAGGAACUCCAAAAAGGCCAUUUCCCAUAACACGACCACGCCCAACAAGCUGUUCCGCAUCAUGAGGAACGGGACCGUCCUCUACACCAUGAGACUCACGAUCAGUGCAGAGUGUCCCAUGAGCCUGACCAACUUCCCCAUGGACGCUCACGCCUGCCCGCUCAAGUUUGGGAGCUGUGAGUUUGGUCCAUUUGUCCAAAGCCUCGCCCGGAUUUCAGAUUGUGACCCGCGGCUCAUCUCUGUUUCAGACGCCUACACCAACAGCGAAAUCCUCUUCACCUGGAGGAAGGGUCCAGCAGCGUCUGUGGACUGUCCCAAAGAGUCCAUCAGCCUGCUGCAGUACGAGCUGGUGGGACAGACUCUGUCGAGUGAGGUUUUCAAGUCCAACACCGGUCACUACUCUGUGCAGGUGGUCCAUUUCCUCCUCCAGAGGAAGCUGGGUUAUUACCUCAUACAGACCUACAUCCCGCUUAUUAUGGUGGUGGUGCUGUCGCAGGUCUCUUUUUGGAUCAACAAGGAGUCGGUUCCUGCGCGCACAGUUGCUGGCGUCACCACGGUGCUGACCAUGACCACCCUGAGCAUCAGCGCCCGCGAGUCCCUUCCCAAAGUGGCCUACGCCACCGCCAUGGACUGGUUCAUCGCCGUGUGCUUCGCCUUCGUGGCGUCGGCGCUGGUGGAGUUCGCGGCGGUCAACUACUUCGCCACGCUCCAGGCCAACCGGCUGCGGAAGCAGAAGGCCCGGCAGGACAAGCUGGAGGCGCUGGCCGCCGGCAGCGAGGACGAGGACACGUUCUCGCUGGACAGCGGCGCUGCGGACGGCGCCCGGAGGAGGAACCCCUCGGUGUGCCGCAGCGACCCGGGAGACGCGCCGCCGCUGCUCAUCUUCCUGCAGCAGGGCUCGGCCUUCCCGCGGAACCCGCAGCUGGCGGGAACCAGCCCCAUCGACAUGUACGCCCGCGUGCUCUUCCCCAUGACCUUUGCCCUCUUCAACCUCAUCUACUGGUACGUGUACCUGGCCAAUGACCCCCAGGGGAGGGACAGGUAAACUCGCAACUGAAAUCUGAAAUCGCAAAGAUCGCAAAGAUCUUGAGACGGAGUGGAGCAAAAUAGUGCCAGUUUCUGAACUCACCUUUUCAAGCAAAACUACAACACAACGGCUGUGGGACCCCCGGUGUUUCACUCUGAUGAAGGCAGGAGGUUCCAAAGAGACGCAAACAGGCUUCACGCUUCACUGUUGUGACCCCCUGUCAGCGCUCGGACCCCCGUGUUCGGGGGGAAAACCUCUCGUCAUCCAACAAGUAAGAUUCCCCCCCGGAGUUUAACCUUCGACCUUUUGAGUCACCCGUGACAAGGCAGCGGAUCCAAACAGUCGUUCACGCAAAGGGAUAAAAAUAGCGGCAAUACAGUCGGACAGUGUUCAGCCACCGAGGGAGAGGAGGAGAAAAUGUCUGACGACAGAUGAAUGGUGUUUAUCCGUGUUCACUUUGUGUCUCGCUACAAGAGAAUUGUAGUGAAAGCCUCAUCCAGGCCGUGAAGACAUCAGUAAUGUCUGGUUGUUGGAGGAGAAGAAGGAGGAGGAUGAGGAUGUGAAUGACGGUGUUGUGGUUGCUGCAUUGACGUCGGCACCGGGGCUUUUAUCACCGCAGACUUACAAAUACGAAAAAAAAAGAAAAAAAAGAGGUGCUGAGUUAAUUUCAGAAGGAAAAUAUGCGUGUUACUCUGUGGUCUUUUAUAUAAGGCUUACUUACCUGAGGGGCUGGCAGAGCUCCAGCUGUUUUAAUGACAACACCGCUUCUCCGUGGGGAGCGGGUCUCACAGGAGAAGCUGCGCUGUGUACGUUGAGCACACAGCACACGCAGCGACGGCUCAUUCCGCUGCUUUUUAAGUGAGCCACUUAUAGAACAGAAAGCUCCAUGUCCAAGAAAGAAAUGAGAGAGAGAGCGAGAGAGAGAGGGGGGGGGGCUGUUGUGUUACGUAACACUGGCGAGUGCAAAUCUGCUCAUCAUGCUCCUCGCGUUCCUGUCACACAAUUUUUUUUUCUCUGCUACUUUUGUUUGUGAUGUUCUGUGAAAUCGCCAAAGCGGCGGUGGACUCCCGCUCCCGUUGCACAUUUUCACCGCGUCCCCGCUGCUGCGGCCGUGCGCUGCACUGCAGAUGGAGGCUCCUCUCACACUCUGCUGAGAGGAGCCUCGAAAAGGCCCACGUGCGCUGGCAGGGACCUUCAGGACCCCCAUCCUCACCACCCACCCCCCAUCCAACACCUCUCCCAGCGCUCCAUCUGCUCCCAUCUGAUGGAGGAAGUGAAUCAGAAGCUCAUUCCUUCUCCUGCCUGCACUCCCUCAGUUCACAGUCAACCUCGGCCGCCCGCUCAGGAGCCGCCUCGAACCUGCCACACGACGCGACUUCCUCGAGCCCCACGCACACGCGGGACCCUCACGCACACACACACACACACGCAAAACAACACUUCAAACAAGAAGUGGGUGAUAUAAUCGUUGAUGGCUGUAACUGGUGGUGAUGCAACAGUGAAUCAAUGUUUUCGGAAGCCUGCCCUCUACAGAAGCGCAUCUCCCACUACAACCAGAUCAAAGACAACUUAGAGGAGGCAUCGCAUCCGUCCUCGCUGCUCCAGAAAUGUACUCAAACCUGGCAACCUGAAUUGAGGGACUGUGUUUUCCAUUCCAUUGCGCUGCUCUAGUGCUCCUUGUUGCAUUUUGACGUCUACUGCAGUGUCUCUGGAAACAGAACUAGCAUUCGGUGCUGACUCUGAUUUUCCCUUUCUGUGUGGUUGAUGCAUGAUUGUUGUACAACAUAUGUAUAUAAUACGUUUGCUAGUCUCUUCUUAUCUAUUUAACAUGUGCAGGACCCAAAAAACAGAAAAGAUCAACUUCAUAACUUGAAUAUGUGCCCACUUAAUGUUUGACCUUGUCAGGAUGUAGACUCACUUAUAUACUAUUAAAUGAAUUAAAAUCCUAAUUUGA